CGUUCACAGUCAUUUUGACGCUUUAAUAACAAAGUAAACAUGGCCACUGUCGAGUCCAUGGUUGUUGAAGAGCAACGAGAGCCGGAAAAGCCGGUUGAUAGAGAAAAGACCUGUCCCCUUCUCCUAAGAGUCUUCAGCAAUCUAGGACGACAUAAUCCAAUGAGUGACUACCACAGGGGACAGACCCCAGCUAAUGAACUUCAGAUCUACACAUGGCUAGAUGCAACACUUAAGGAGCUGACAAGUCUGGUCAAGGAGGUAAACCCAGAGGCUAGGAGAAAAGGAACAUUCUUUGAUUUUGCCAUUGUGUAUCCUGAUCCCAGGGCACCAGUUUAUAGACUGCGGGAGAUCGGUACCACCUGUGCUGGUCACCGCGGCCAAGAUGAUGGAAUAAGCCUCGCCAGCAAAAAGUUUGUUAUCGGAGAUUUCCUCGACAUUGCCAUCACACCACCCAGAAAUGACAGGCCAAAUCCAAGGAGAAACAGACCGCCAUAUUGAGUGGAUGACAUUUUGUAAAAGAGUGAAUCUUUGUGAAAGAAUGUUUUUUUUUACCUGAUAGUCAUGCUAAGUCUGUGCAUAUGAAAUACUUGUAUGGAUCAUAUAUAUGAAAUUUUAAAGUACUUUUAAUUUUUUUCCAUUAUUCACAAUCUCAUGAGAAAUGUGUUCAUUUCAACCAUCAUUAUAGAUACAAAAACUGCAGCAAUUCCAGGAGAUAAAGAUUAUCUCUCUUUUGAAAUAAAGCAUAAAAUCAAA